GCUUUUUGGGGAUCACUGUCCGCCAGCAGCGCUCUCCUGCUUCCAGACCCCGCGGCGCAUCCCGUACGAUGAGGCUGUCAGGCAGGAAUUCAGACCGGCUAAAGUGGGCGACUCCUUCGGGCCCACGUGGGAGACGUGCUGGUUUAAGGUGGAGCUGAGCAUCCCCCCGGCCUGGGCAGGGCAGGAAGUGCACUUCGUCUGGGAGAGCGAUGGGGAGGGCAUGGUGUGGCGAGACGCCCAGCCUGUCCAGGGUUUGACUAAGGAAGGUGAGAAGACCAGCUACAUCCUGACAAGCAGCCUGAAAGAGACGGAGCCCCACAGUCUGACGCUGUACGUGGAGCUGGCCUGCAACGGUCUCUUCGGGGCUGGCAAGGGCAGUAUGAUCGCCCCUCCAGACCCAGACAGGAGGUUCACCCUGAGCAAGGCUGAACUGGUCGUCUUCAACAGGGAUGUCUAUGAACUGCUGGUAGAUCUGGAAAUACUGCUGGACAUGGCCCAGCUCCUCGGGGAGGAAAACCAGAGGAGUUUCCAGGCGCUGUACACUGCCAACCAGAUGGUCAACGUGUGUGACGUUACAGACCCGUCCACCUUCCCCGCUGCCCGUCACCUGGCUGCGGAGAUCUUCAGCCAGAGGAACGGCGAGAGCCAGCACACCAUCCAUGCUGUGGGUCACUGCCACAUUGACUCUGCCUGGCUGUGGCCGUAUGAGGAGACCAUCCGUAAGUGUGCUCGGAGCUGGGUCACGGUGCUCCGUCUGAUGGAGCGCAAUCCGGAGCUCACCUUCGCCUGCUCCCAGGCACAGCAGUUCGAGUGGGUGCGGAGCUGGUACCCCGGGCUCUACGCGCAGAUUCAGGACUUCGUGGCGAAGGGGCAGUUCAUUCCUGUUGGAGGCACCUGGGUGGAAAUGGACGGGAACCUGCCCAGCGGGGAGUCCAUGGUGCGGCAGUUCCUCCAGGGACAGCGGUUCUUCCAGGAGCAGUUUGGCCGGAUCUGCUCAGAGUUCUGGCUGCCGGACACGUUUGGAUACUCGGCCCAGCUGCCCCAGUUGAUGUGUGGCUGUGGGAUCAGGCGGUUCCUCACGCAGAAGCUCAGCUGGAACCUGGUGAACACCUUCCCGCAUCACACCUUUUUCUGGGAAGGCAUUGAUGGUUCCCGAGUCCUGACCCAUUUCCCCCCUGGUGACUCCUACGGGAUGCACGGGCGAGUGGAGGAGAUGCUGAAAACAGUGAAGAACAACAAGGACAAAGGACGUGUGAACCACAGCGCUUUCCUCUUCGGCUUUGGAGAUGGAGGAGGGGGCCCCACGCAGAAGAUGCUGGACAGGAUGAAGAGAAUGAGUGACACAGAUGGGCUGCCAAGGGUUCAGCUCUCCACUCCCGACCAGCUUUUUUCUGUCCUGGAGAAGGAGUCGUCACAGCUGUGCACCUGGGUGGGAGAGCUCUUCCUUGAGCUGCACAACGGCACAUACACCACCCAGGCCCAGAUAAAGAAGGGGAAUCGGGAGUGCGAGCGAAUACUCCACGAUGUCGAAGUACUCAGCACCUUGGCUGUGGCACGGGGUGGUGCGUUGCAGUAUCCUGCCAGCCAGCUGCAACAGCUCUGGAGGGUGGAAAUCCUCACUAUCAAUGCACCAAAAUUAGCCCAGACUGGUUGGACAGAACUGGUGUGGGCAAAUAUUGGGCAGCACAGUGGGCUGAUGCUCGUGGUUGAGGAUGCCCUGCAAUACUACGCAGAGAUCCGCAGGACUGGUGCUCGGCUGCAGGAGGAAGCUGUGCAGUCCUUGUGCGGGGACCUGCUGCAGCCCAAGGCAGCGAGCACCGAGAGCACCCUCGUGUUGAACACUUUGCCCUGGGAACGGACUGAGGUGAUCUCCAGGACUGGACCAGCCGGAACAGAGACUUUAGCUCUGGUGACAGUCCCCAGCAUGGGCUACGCUAUAGUGAGGGAGCCACUGGUGCCCCCUCAGCCUGUGGCAGUGAGGAGACAGGAGGACGGCGCCAUUGCCAUGGAGAAUGGGGUGAUUGCAGUCUGCCUCGAUGCGCUGGGGCGCCUGACCUCGCUUCGGCUGGUGGACUCCGAGAGAGAGUCAGUCCCAGAUGGCUGCUGUGCCAACCAGUUUGCACUCUUUGAUGAUGUUCCUCUGUACUGGGACGCCUGGGAUGUGAUGGAUUAUCACUUGGAAACCAGGAAGCCAGUGACAACGCUGCUGAAGCCUCUGGAAAUCACCCUGGCUGGGGGUCUGCGGGGAAGUGCGAGCUUCUCUCUGCGGAUCGGGGAAAGCAGCACCUUAACCCAGGAGAUCAUCCUGGACGCCACGUGCCCGUACCUCCGCUUCCAGACCCAGGUUGAGUGGAAGGAGGCUCACAAGUUCCUGAAGGUGGAGUUCCCCGUGCAAGUCCGGAGCACAAACGCCACCUACGAGAUCCAGUUUGGGCACCUGCAGCGGCCAACGCACUGGAACACGUCCUGGGACUGGGCUCGAUUUGAGGUGUGGACUCACAAGUGGCUGGAUCUCUCCGAGCACGGCUUCGGGGUGGCACUGCUGAACGACUGCAAAUACGGAGCAUCAGCCCACAGGAACGUCCUCAGCCUCUCGCUGCUGAGGGCACCAAAGUCCCCUGAUGCCAUGGCAGACAUGACGCACCACCAGUUCACCUACGCCGUGAUGCCUCACCUGGGUACCUUCCAGGACACCGGUGUGAUCCAGCGUGCCUACAACUUGAAUUUCCCCCUCCACGCGGUCCCGGCCAGCUCUGCCCAGUGCCCAGCCUGGAGCGCCUUUUCUGUCAGCUCACCUGCGGUCGUGCUGGAGACGGUUAAGCAGGCCGAGGACAGCCCUGAAGCCGUGGUGGUUCGGCUGUACGAGGCACACGGCAGCACGGUUGACGCCUGGCUCCAGACCUCCCUCCCUGUUAAGGAGGCGAUGCUCUGUGACCUCCUGGAGCGGCCGGCUGCACGGGGCCGCCUGCCGCUGGAGCAGCGGGGCGUGAGACUUUCCUUCACACCCUUCCGCGUGCUCUCCGUCCUCUUGGUCUUGAGGCGGUGA